AUGUCGUUGCGAGGCACAAAACGGGCGACUGGGAUGCGUGGGGAUGAGGCAGGCGCAUCCAAGCGCCGCAGGACAGAUGCCGAAGACCAACUAUGGCAGCUUCGGCCUGUCAGUGACCUCAAAAUGUCAUCUAUAUACAAUAGAAAUGCCUCCGAGGCACCUGCUGAACUGUUCAGAAAAGAUCUUAUCAGCGCAAUGAAGUUGCCUGAUUCAGAACCAUUGACACAUAGCGAGUAUUGGGUCAUCACAGACACUUGGAAGCAGGAUUGGGAAAGAGGAGUACAGGUUCCUGUUAACCCGGAUUCAUUACCAGCACCGAAAGUUAAAAUCAUUGAUAACCCAAAACCACCAAAUUUUCAAGAUUUUAAAUUACCUAGAGACAAGUACAUACAUCUAACUCGGGAUGCUCACUAUCAGGCCGAUAAACAUUUUCUCAGUACAACACCAGCAAGAGCAGAGGCAGCUUGUAGUUAUGAUCUUGAUGCCACAGACACAGCCUGGCUGAAACUUUUGAAUUCAGAAAGAGCAAGAGCUGGUGCAUCCUCUGUCACAGAAGAUCAGCUGGAGAAAGUCAUUGAAGAACUAGAGGUCCGAACGUGGGACAAAAUUCAAGCGAUUAUAAAAUCGGAAGAGGGUCUCGGUAUAGAAUAUGACGAAAAUGUCAUCUGUGAUGUUUGUCGAUCCCCUGAUUCAGAGGAUGGAAACGAGAUGGUGUUUUGCGAUUCAUGUAACAUUUGCGUUCACCAAGCUUGUUAUGGAAUCACAGUUAUUCCAGACGGUCAGUGGCUUUGUCGACCGUGUGGAGCUGGUAUCAGACCAACUUGUGUUUUGUGCCCUAAUCUUGGAGGAGCUAUGAAAUGUACUCCUUCAGGACAUAAGUGGGCCCACGUCAGCUGCGUUCUUUGGAUUCCUGAAGUUUCAAUAGGUUGUGCUGAGAAAAUGGAGCCGAUAACAAAAAUAACCUCGAUCCCUGCAUCUCGUUGGUCGUUAGUGUGUGUAUUGUGUCGUGAGCGUAAAGGUGCCUGUAUACAGUGCUCUGUGAAAACUUGUAAGACUGCUUAUCAUGUAACUUGUGCAUUUAAACAUGGACUAGAAAUGCGUGCAAUAAUUGAAGAUGAAAACGCAGACGAUGGAGUCAAAUUGCGUUCCUAUUGUCAGAAGCAUAGUGUCAACUCUAAAAAAGAAAAAUGUCCUGGCUCUGGCUCUGAAGAAGAAGAAGUUAAAAGAAAACGUCGUAAAGAUAUGACUUCGGAAGAAAAGACUCAAGCUCGUGCAGCGCGGCUGCAGGAAAUAGAAGGUGAAUUUGAUCGACACGUCAGUGUAAAAGAUAUAAGUACACAUCUUCUUGACGUUGAUCAAGACGCUAUCAAUUACAUUUACAAUUACUGGAAAUUAAAAAGGCGUGCGGGCCAUAACCGCCCCUUACUUCCACCAAAAUCUGAUGACAAUGAACUACUUACCCACAGACAAGAGCAAGCGGAUCUCGAUAAAAUGAAAAUGUUUGUACAGCUGAGACAAGAUUUAGAAAGGGUGCGAAAUCUUUGCUAUAUGGUAAGCCGAAGGGAAAAGCUCUCUCGUUCAUUCUUUCGAAUGAGAGAGCAAACCUUUCAUAAACAAGUGGCGGUGUUGUCUGCUGAUUCAAAUAUAUCAGGACCAGAUUUAGCAGCCAUAAUUGAAGCCAAUCAUGGGCCAUCAAUAUACGACAGAUUAUAUUCUCAUCCAAAUGCCCCUGAUCAUAAAAAUGAUUUCCAAGAUCUCCUUGCUCGUAUUGCACCCCAAGAAGCUGGUGACGAUAAAAAGAAAGAUCGUAACGGCCUGCUAAGAGGUGCAAAAACGACGAAUCCUUAUAAAAAGCAUUAUGUAAAUGGAUCUCGACGGAGUGGAAGUAUGUAUAGUGGUCUAUCUAGUGAAGAAAGCGGUACCGAAAUUAGGGGUAAUACUAAGUACCGCGGGCGAGCUAUUGGCUCUAGCACAGAUGAAGAUGUAAAGAAACCUGCUGUUUCACCGAAAAAGAAAGUAUCGCCUAAAACCAAAGGAAAGAAAUCUCCCAAAAAACCAGAAAAGAAGAAAAAGAAAGGCCCUCAAUCUAAAGCAUUAGUUGAGAGCAGUUGUGUGAGUGAUAUGAGUGAGGAUGAAAUUAUAAAAUCGAGAAUGAAAAAAGAUAAGUCAAGAAGCAAGACAUUGCAACAAAUGGAAAAAGAAAUGACUGCUGGUAAAGGUGGUCAAUCAGCUUCAGAUAGUGAUGAUCUCAUACCUAUGCGAACAACACGAAAUAGUAAAUUCCCAAUUGAUAUUUAUUCCGAUAGUAGUGAAGGCGCUUCUGUAAAGGAAGAAGUUAAACCUGACAAGUCAAAAACAAAAACUGAAAAGACUAAAGUAGACAAAACAAAGGUGGAUAAAUCUUCUAAUGAAAAUGAUUCACAACAAUCACUACCUCGUACGAAAGCAGCAAUGAAAGAGUUCAUUCCGACACAACCUGAAAAGAAAGUUUCUCCAGUAAAAGACAAACCCGCUCCUAAGAAAAGGGGAAGGAAACCUUCAAAUAAGGACAAAAAGACACCCGUAAAAAGUAAUGAGUCAGAUGAAGAAGCUAGAGAUAAAGAGAAUAUUAAAUUUGCUAAGCAGAAAGACCAUCCUACUGAUUUAAUUGUGCCACAAAGGCAGGCUGCUAAGAAAGCGUCUGAGAACAUGCGUUCUACUACAGCAAUUAAGAAGGAAGAAAAUGUGCCCGAAAAACAAGUAAGUGGUGAUGAUACUAAGUCAAAACCAAAAAUUAAAUCAAAAGGAAAGGAACCUAAAGAUAUUCCAGAGAAAGUGGGAAGGAAAAAGUCGUCAAAAGAACAAGAAAAAGAACCGAUAGCAUAUGUACCUCAAAGACAAGCUGCUAAGAAAGCUGCAGCACAUAUCAAAAGUGGUCUUGGAUCUAAGGCACCUGCUACUGAAACUCUUGAUGGCGAUAAAAAGAAAGAUUCUGAAAAAGCCGAAAUUGCUAAAACUUCUCCUACAAAAGAAGAAGGUAAAAGAUCAAAAUCACCACAGAAAGAUUCAUCAAGUUCUUCUUCUAAUUCAAGUAGUAGUAGCGACUCAUCAUCAUCAAGUUCAGAUGAAGAACAAGAAAAACCAGGAAUUAAGCCUAUGGUAAAAGCACGUGAAAUUAAACCAUUAAAGCCCCCUUCAAUGUUUUCUCCACCAGGCUCUAGACCAACAGUGGACUUGCCCUUUCUUGACAAGGUGUCAAGACCAUUGUCUUCAACUAGUGCCUCGAGUGAUACUGACAGCUCUAAAGGAUCAAGAUUUUCUGGAUCGGGAAGUCCCUCACCCAAACGUCCUCGAAGACGUAGAAAGAGAAAAAGUAUAUCAAUCGAUUUGCAAUCUCCACACAAGGCCCCAGAGAAGAAGCUUAAAACUUCCGAACGGGGGUCCGAGUGUGGGUUAUCAUUGCCGCCUGUUGAAAGAGAGGAACCGAGCAGACCCAGCGACACGCGUGCUGCCACGCGUGCUCGGACCAGAAGCACUAUUUCAAGCGGAAAUAUGCUUAAUAAGUCUGACGACACCAGACAGGGAAAAUCAUCUAAAGACGACUCAGGAAAUGUCUCGGCCUCAAGUAAAAGUUCCAAAGAGACCACCCAGUCCGUUGAACUUGCAACUCCGAAACGGAAAGAGAACGAGGAGGUGAAAAAAGUUGGGGACUGUCCACCUCUCGAUGUUCCCAAAGUUGAUAACAGAGUGCGAUCUAUCAGGCCGAAAAGUCGCGUAUCCAUUGAUGAUAAAAUCAAAGUUAUGGAAAAUGAACCUGUUGCUUUGAGAAGAAAUAGUCCUAGGAAGAGUACUGAACUCAAACAUAAGAUUGUUCCAAAUAGGAGAAUGAGUGUUAAAGAUUUGGCAGAAAAAGAAAUAAUGUCUCCCCCGAAAGAAAUUCGUGAAAUAGUACCGAAGGAGAGACGACCUUCUAGACGUGACUCGCAAAUAAUAGAUCAUGCAAGUUUGUCACCGGUAAAGAAAGUAAAUACGACUCCUAAAGAACAGCCAACUGCUGUAGAAACAAUCGAUGAGAAAAUAUCUCCAGUUAUAAAUGACGACUUUUCUGAUCCGGAUAAGAAUUGGCUUCCUAAGGCGCCUAGCCCGAACGUUCAUCCCCCACCGGUAGAAAAACCAGGUGAUCAUGAGAAAUAUAUGACUGAAGAUAAAUCUUUGGAUUCAGAUUACGCUGAUAAAAGUAGUAUUAAAAUGAUUGCGAAAAUUCAAGCCAAUCUGAAUGAAAAUACGAUGAUUAAAUCUCCUAAAACUCCCAUGGAUGCUCGUACAAUUGAUCCAAUUGAUGUUGAAAACCCUAUAGCUCGAAAUGUUAGAAAACGGUCAAUUCUUGAUUCAGAAAAGAAAUUUAUUGGUCAAGAUGCUAGUCAUGUUCAAGGCGUCGAGAUAUCAAAGAGUGCUAAAAUACCUUCAGCAGUCAAUCCAUUUCCGAAUCGAGCAAUGUUUUCACCACAAUCCAAAGAUAAUGAACUAUUUGAAUUGGAUAUAUUUUCCUCAGUUGAAGAUGGUUUCAAUCACGAAGAGAUGAUCAAACCUUUUACGUCUUAUCCAGAAUUCUUUAAAAAGGAAGAUUCUAAAGAGCAGGGUGUUCAGGAAACUCUAGAUUUAGUAGACAGGUUGAGAAUGCAACUAAAUACUAAAAAGCCCCCAGCUGAAAAGAACAUACAGGAAGAUAUUGACAUGGGGGAUAAAGACCAUAGAGCUGAAGAUUUGAUUUCUGACAUUCCACCUCUUACAAAAAGUGAGAAAACGGAAAUAUUCGACUUGCACGAUAAAUUAAGUUCACCAAAGAAUAAUACAAGCAGUAAUUACCCCGUUUCUGAACCUAACAAUCUUACCAGGAACUUUAAUAACAAGGAAAUACUUUCUGCGCCCUCUAAUAGUAAUGAAAAAUGGAGUGAUUUGAAUUUAUCUCGAAGCGAACAGCAGUUAGACCUAUCAAUAGAAACGAAAUACGAAGUUGCAUCUUACACUGAAGAAAUUAAGGAACAAGGUACUAUUCAUUCAAUACCUUCGGUAUCAGAAGGAGGGGAUUGUAUAUCAAAUACCAAGAGUGACGAUUCACAAUCCUUGUCUGUAAUUGACCAUUCAGUUCACAGUAAUGAUCAUGAACUUACACAGGACAAUCCAACUUAUGACAAUAAUAAUUCAGCAAUACAUUCCGAUUGUGCUACGAUAUCUUCACCAUACAUAGGUCAUGAUUCAAAAUGGUCAGAAAGUAAAAUAACAAUGCGAAGAUCUUCUGCUUCAAGUACCAACUCAGAAGGCUCAAUUUGUUCACAGAAAGUAGAUAUCAAAUCACAUAUUCGUUGCGAAUCUCGACAAAGACCUGAAAUUGACUCUUAUCCACCAGCUUAUGCGUGUCCUGUUGAAACCGCCAUGCCUUUGAAUCAGUACACCUCUUAUCCGCCUGAUUCACCUUUUUUGAACUCCAUGGCAACAUUACCUUUGUUUGCGCCAGGAGCUUGCGCAUCAUCACAGUUACCAUUACCCUCUCCGGCGCCCGGACUGUAUGCUGCAGGCCUACCUUUUGGACCAAACCCUUUAAUGCCGUUGUCUAAGCCAUCAUUUUCAUUAUGCGCUACAUUUACUUCAUCGUCGCAAAAUAUUGCAUUGACAACUGCAAUGAUAGCGUCGCCAACUUCUAAACCCCUGGAUUCACCGCAAGAUGAUAUUGAUGUUACAAGUAGUGAUAAAUUAUCUAUUCGCGUGGCUUCUAGUCCAAGUAUCAGCGUAGAUUCCUUUAAUGAUUCAAGUAAUACGCGACCUGCUACCAAAUUGUCUAAUGAUAGUAAUGAGACUAUAAUAAGUGUGACACAGGAUUCAAAGUCUCCUCCAAAGUUAUCUAAAAGUACUACAAAAUUCCCUGGGAAAUCACCGGGUAAAAGUCCCGGAAUAUCUCCUAAGCAAUCAGAGGUUCCAAAAGGAUCAAAGCGUGCAAAUAACAGAAAUAAUAGAAGUCAAAGAGGACGGGGCAGAUCAAAGAGCCGUGGACACGCAUAUGCAUCAGGUGACUAUAUUGGUAAUUCUAUUCAAAGUAAAUUAGUGGGAACUGUGUAUGAUUUUAACGAAGAACUAGCCAAUGAUGGUGUAGAUCUCAAAGCAUUAAGAGAUAGACGAAAGUCCGUAGACAUUAGAGAUGACAGAAAAUCUGAACACUCCUAUAAAGAUUCGUCUCAAUCACCUCGAGUAUUGAGCCCAUCAACAAUAAGUAAACGAUCUACUCCUGAACCUAAAGAUGUGAAGUUGAUUACCCCUGAACAAAUUGAAAAAGCAAAAUCACCGUCAGAGAGAAGCAGUUCUGAAAGAGGGCCAGGCUUUUCACAAGUGCACCCAGUGUUACCAGGUCCCGUGGAUAUGCGUACCUAUAGUAGUUUCGAUAAUCCAGCACCACCUGCAAGCGAUGCUUACAAUAGUCAUCUUCUUGCUUUUGCUAGUGGAACAGCUGACCAACAAUUAGUAGAAAUUGAUGAGGAGGUAGAGAAACAACUUCAUUCAGAUCUUAUGGCAAUUAAAGCUAAAUCUGGCAUUCCUGGUAUGGUGUCUUCGCAAGGAACAAUUGAACCUAUAAAAGAGACUGCUUUACCUCAAUUACCGAAAGUAUCGUUAUCAGAUUCAAGAAAUCAGUUAAAAGUAAAAAUCAAAGGUCCAUUCUUGGAUGCAAAUUAUUCCGCGAGCUCGGUGCAACCAGUAGUACCUCAGCCACCAGCUCCAACCUACGAUUCUAAUACAAAUGUUUUAAAUACGCCUAAUAAUUCUACCAGUUCGAUGAUGUCUGGUUCUACCAACCUUAGACGUAUGCGGAAAAAAGAGUUAUUACGUCAAUAUUGGACGCAAGAUAUGAACAUGGACGAUCCAAGUAACGCUUCGACUAUGGGAAUUGCACCACCACCUGCAACGCCGCAACCAUUACCCCGUGCGGUUAUUACUAUACCUAAAGCAGUAGCAUCUAUGACAAGUAUACCUACCAGAGAAGAUUAUAAGAUUACAGACACAGCUGUUGACAAGAAAAAACGCAAAAUAACUAGUGGAGUAUCUCGUGAAUUACGACAUUUAGCAGUCAGUAUGAAAGAUGAUAUUGAUAUGUCGGACGACCUUAAGCUUUCUAAUAUAGCAGGUAGUUCAAGUCAAGCACAUAAAAGGCGUGCCAGGGUUACAACGAAACCGAAUCGAUCGAGAGCUGCUUCUCCUGUUGCUCCAAAACUAAAAAUAAAAAUUGGUUCCAACAUCGUCCAACAAGUGAAUGAAGAACCACCUGGAUUCCAGUUUCGUCCACCUAAAAAACGCCUUCAGAGCAUUCCAAAGUUACCUAGCUUUGAAGACUUGCGUCGUGAGAGCAUGAAAUAUCGACGUAUGGUGAUGGCUGACUUUGAGGAAAACGAAAAGACAAGCAAACACAAACCAAACAAAAGUGAAAAACGCAAAAAGAAAAAGGACAAAAAAUUAGAAAAAGAAAAACUACAAGUGGUUAAUAGUGAAAGUGAAAAUGCUACAAAAUUGAUUAUAAAAAUAAAGCGUACAAAAGAAGAAGAAAAGAAAGCGGCUGCGGGCGGUCCGCUCGCCAGUGCAGCGGCUGUCCCCGAACCAGCGGUGGACCCCUUCGAGUACGACCCAGGCGCGCAGGACCCUCUGGCCAUAGACCCGCCUUUCAGCGCUGGGACGGCUUCCACAUUGCGUAGGAUACGGACAGACAAAGUGACGCCUAUUCGAUUAAAACUAGCCCGCAGCUCACAGGGCUCGGGUUACGUGAUGAAGAAAGCGGAGGGAGGUGCGGGUGAGGUCUCGGUUCCUGCUAGCGACGCGGCCCCCGCACCCCCCUCCACCUCAGCGGCUGUACCGCUCGCGCUCAAUAAACACUGUGAAGUGAGGUGA